CAGAGAGAGAGAGAGAGUGAGAGUGAGAGAGAGAGAGAGACAGAGAGAGAGAGAGAGCGAGCGAGAGAGAGGAAGGAGGAGACGGACGGACACCUCCACAGUCAGGCACAGGCAGCAGUGAGGAACUCGGGGAGAGGGAGCCACACAUACGCCGCCUCCCCAACAACAACAACAGCAACAACAACCGAGCCGAGCGGAGAAGUGAAGGGCCAAAUCUCACAGGACAGACAGCGGGUCUGAGCGCGUCACCGCGCCGAAGACUCACUCCGCCUCGCCGGACUCGCCUUGUGGCUGGAGUGAAGGGGGUUCCGACAAACUUGUGGAAUUUACCGGGCAGACUGCAGACUGAGACCCGGGCUGCCUCCGACUCCGGCACACUUACCUUAUUUUUUCUACGGUUUAAUUUAAUUUGUGCGUGAACUGCGUUGAGAAGAGCAGUUGCGCGCGCGCUUGUGUGUGUAUGUGUGUGUGUGUGUGCGUGUGUGUGUAUGUGCGCGUGAGGAGAAACUGCAGCUUUGGCUGCUGACAGUCAGACAGCAGCGUUAGCAGCACCAGCUCUUCUCCUCCUCCUCCUCCUUCGUGCGUUCAGCCAGAGACCCGACACUUGUUUCUCCUCAUCGGUUCUCCCAGCAUUUCCACUCCCGCGCCUUCGUCUGGCUGUGUUUUUACUGCUCUCCGUCUUAGCAUUUGUGCGCUCCGGGGCCUCAGCUGUGAUUUUUUGGAAUAUGGUGGGGGAAAUGGAAGCGAAGGAGAAACCGAAGCCUAGCCCAGACUAUCUCAUGCAGCUCAUGAACGACAAGAAACUGAUGAGCAGUCUGCCCAACUUCUGUGGCAUCUUCAACCACCUCGAACGGCUUCUGGACGAAGAGAUCAGCAGGGUACGGAAGGACAUGUACAAUGACACGUUAAAUGGCAGCACAGAGAAGAGGAGCUCGGAGCUGCCAGAUGCUGUGGGUCCCAUCGUUCAGCUCCAAGAGAAGCUCUAUGUGCCUGUUAAAGAAUACCCUGAUUUUAAUUUCGUGGGCCGGAUCCUGGGCCCGCGGGGGCUCACCGCCAAGCAGCUGGAGGCUGAGACAGGAUGCAAGAUCAUGGUGAGAGGCAAAGGCUCCAUGAGAGACAAAAAAAAGGAGGAGCAGAACAGGGGCAAGCCAAACUGGGAGCACCUGAACGAGGACCUGCACGUCCUGAUUACAGUUGAAGAUGCUCAGAAUCGUGCCGAGAUCAAACUGAAGCGGGCCGUGGAGGAGGUCAAUAAGCUACUGGUGCCUGCGGCUGAAGGAGAGGACAGUCUGAAGAAGAUGCAGCUGAUGGAACUGGCCAUUCUGAACGGCACGUACAGGGAUGCCAACAUUAAAUCGCCUGCCCUUGCCUUCUCUCUUGCAGCGAGUGCCCAAGCACCCCGCAUCAUCGCCGGCCCUGCCCCCGUCCUUCCGCCGGCUGCCCUGCGCACCCCAACGCCUGCUGGCCCCACCAUCAUGCCCCUCAUCCGCCAGAUUCAGACCGUCAUGCCCAACGGCUCGGCCCACCCUGCCGCCGCCGCCACCCUGGUGCCACCUGGCCCAGAGUCAGCAGGCCUGAUUUAUGCCGCGCCCUAUGAGUACCCGUACACACUGGCACCUGCCACAUCCAUCCUGGAGUACCCUAUUGACUCCAACGGGGUGUUAGCAUCCUCAAAGGCCGAAGAGCUGCCCCUCUACCUGGGCUUUCAGACCUGUCACUUUCCCAUCACUGUCCAGCGCGGAGAGCCGACCAGCCGGCCUCCUUUUUAAAGCACCCUCCAACCCUUUCCCUUAUCUGACCCACAGUCACUACUCCAGCUCCCUCACCCACCCCCCUCCCCACUCUCUCCCAAUCCCCACCCCAAAACCACCCGUCUUUGUCGGACUGACCGGAAAGCGGCUUCCCAGUGGCUCUUUCAUUGUUUAUCUCUUCUGAAACCACAUCUUUUUUUUAUUGUUUUGUUUUCAUUUGUAAUGAAUGUGCUGUGUUCAAACUGUGUACCGUAAUACGAGGGAGAUCUUAAAAAAAAAAAAAGCACUGAGCCCCAAACUGCUGCAAACCUUCUCUGAAUGCUCCCUCCAUUCCCCACCCUCUUAGGGUGGGCCGGUCCGGAGGGGCCAUCAGGAGGAGUAACAUGACGACGGUGAGGGGACAGUGGGGGUCAGAGAAGGGCUGCUUUGGGAGACAGAGGUUGAUGGGGCAUCUGUUAUAAGCAAAGCUCAGCCGUUGUAGGACAGUUUGACGGGGCUUUUCAGGCUUGUUUACAGAAAAAUAUGAACAAAUGUAAUAAAUAUAUGACCAAACUGUCUCUGAGAGGCCUUGCUUUGCAGGGUCUCGGGUCUGGACUGCCCUAAAACGGCUUUGGUAAUGCAUGGGUAAUGCGACUGGAACUAAUUUCCCAUUCCCUUCCUUUAUUCUUUAGGUGUGGCUUUCCCCACGAAAGGCUAAAAGUGCUUUUGAGGAUCCUUACUGAGCCCCUCAUCCGAUCUGAGUGUUAACACACAUGCGCUUUCGUUUCAACGCGGCCUUGUUUUUGAUGAACCAUGAAUAUGAGUCUAGCAGUCAGUCAGACACACUGUUUUUGUUUACACUGGCCACUCCUCACCCAAAGAGGCUCCGCUCCUAGCAUAUAUAUAUAUAUAUAUAUAUAUAUAUAUAUAUAUAUAUACACAUAUAUAUAUAUACAUGUAUGUGCCCCCUUAGCCGUAAAAAGUAUUUGCAUAGUCACAGGACUGUUCUACUGACUGCUAUGUUUUUGGUUUAGGAGAGAAAACAUCAAUUAUUAUCUUGCUUUACUAAUCACUUAAUUCAUAGCUGUUGUAUUUUCUACCCUUUUCUCUUAUUUUUAACUACUGCUGAUGUGCCUAAAUGCUAUCGGCUCUGUGCCUUUGCUCAGAGAGCGAGUUUAUCAGUAUUAUAUUUAAACAUGGGACUGAAGACAUGCACUUCCCUGUUGUUCCACUGCAGGAUUAUGUGACUAGUAAAGCCUCCCUUCUGUGUGCGUUUGUGUGUACGCGUGUGCUCGUCACUAAUGUCCAUCAUACAUUAUCCAAGCAACGCAUAGAUCCACUUGGGAUGUAUGCAAUCGUCGUGUUUUUGUUUUGUUAUGUUUGUUUAUUUGUUUGUUUGUUUUCAGUUGCUAGUUUUAAAGAUGAAAGACAAGUAUUAUUUGUGCCUUAACUUUUAUUUUUUUUAUUAUUUGCAAAACAAUGUUCAAUUUUGAACCGUAUUUGGUCAUACAGCUAUAUAACGUCUGUCGAGUUUGAUCUUAAAUUGAUCUGUUUCAUGAAAAAUUGUGAAGUUUUGAUUGAUCUAAUCUGUGUUUUUGGUGAUAUUAUUGCAAUCCAAGCAGGUGCAGUGACAACUAAAGUUCGAAGGCACGAAAUGCGGGUCCAUCCUUACCAAAGGGUAGUGACCACAGACAGAGGUUAGUUUAGCUCACAUGCUUUUUGUUUUUAUCACCAAUGGCCUCUUAUGUUGUUGGUUCUGGUCUAUUGUGCAGUAUAUGUAGUGUGCAGACUGUUCCUGGCUCAACAACAUUCACAAUUAGCCUGCAUUUUUUUCAAAUAAAAAGCUCCCACCAUCCGUGAGGACAUAUAGUACAAACAGGACCUGCACUGCAGAAAUGAAGUGGUUGACUUCCAUUCCAUUAUUUCGAUGACCUUGUGAAUUUGACAUGAUGUUGAUGACAAAUAAUGGACCGUCUUGCAUGAAAAUGUGCUUUAGACACCCUUCAACAUCCCAUAACCUCACUGACUCUGUUGGUAAGGUUAGCUAUUUAUGUUUAUUUAUUUUACAGUCCCUAGUUGCAUUAUGAAUAUUUACCUUAUAACAAAGCUAAAGUGGAUUACAUUUUAAUAAUCAAUGGUCACACAUAUAGCCUACAGUUUUUUAAAACAGGUGAUUAAAAACUAUGCAUGUUUGUUUAUGUAGAUAGUAGGGGCAGAUGUUGUUAAAGGAGCUACAUGUAAGAUUAAAAGUGAUUGGCUUCUAAAUUCUACCAUUGUGUUUGAUGUUGCCUUCUGUGAGCUGAAGCUUGAGCCUGCAUUGUAAUCCAUUCUGCUUGAGUUGCUGGCCGUGUUUUGAUGAAUUUGCCAUGUGAACUGGCCCAACUGCACACCAGUUUAGAAACAAAUAUAAGCUCAUGUUGCUGUGUGUGGGCUCACGGUGCCAAUUUAUGAACAUCUUUCAUGAUUAAAUCUUACAUGUCACUUCUCUAACAUUUCCACAAGCCAGAAUUUAUCUUGAAGUGUCCCAAUGUUUUCUACAUUUUCCAGAUUGUGAAGUCCAUAUAUAUGUCAUUAAUACACAGUCAACCCCAAUAAAUUCUAGUCUGUGGAAAAGAUUUUUCUUCAUUGUCAAAAGUCCAUGUUCACUUGGGAAAGAGACAAACAGUGAAGGGUUAAACCAUGCAGAGGUUAUUUUACAUCAAUAGCAAUAAUACAAUGAUAACAACAACAAAUUUUAAGCGCAUAAAUAAUAAUAAUAUAAACACUUCUUGUGAGGUACUUUUUAGACAGUUCUCAACUCUGAAGUGAGUACAGGGGAAAACAGUGAUAGCAUGCAAAUUGAAGCUUUAAUUUUGUGAAAUAAAAGAACAUUAAAAGUUGCAGCUGCAAUAUACAGGAUGAUUCAAAAAGACUGAUCUGAUUUCAAAAUGAUUUACUUCAUUUAUAAAACAUUCCAAAACAAUGCAGUAAAUUGUAAAUGUGCAUAAAGUUUAGUAUGUAAUGUUACAAGCACUCAAUAUGCACCUCCUCCAGCUCUACGGACAAGAAUGAACACCAUAGUCAAAUUCAUCCCAUACUUGAUUGAGCAUGUCGGAUGUCACUGUACUCACGGCUCUUUCAGUGCAAUUUCAGAGAUCAUCCAGUAUUGCGGAAGCAACAACAAACGCUCUGAGCUGUUGGAGGUUCACUGCUGACAAAAAUCAGGUUGUACAGUUAUGACAGAUUCACUCUUAUUGAAGUGGACAAUGCAGAACGCUUUAUGCUCAGGGGUCUCCAUCUCCUCACAAACUGAAGGGAGCCAUCUUCCAUUGACAGUCAGAAACUCUGUGACCCCUUCUUUCAAUUGGUAUGUGAUUGGUUCCCAGGCACCUCAUGGUUGUAAAAAUGUGGUGCUUUGAAAUCGGAUAAAUCUUUUUGAAUCACCCUGUAUUGUCAUCUUUAAUUUGGCCGCUAAAUUGUUUUUAAUCUGGUAACUAGGGACAGAGUUGCGAACGUUGCAAGAGCUGUACCAUCUGAGGCUGUUUAGCUUAGCUUUCUUCCCUGAAGCCAUUUUUGAACAGCCCAUUUCGCCUGAUGUACGACAGAUGCUUUUACUGUUUGCUUUUAAAGCCUGACGCUGUGAUGUGAAGAUGUAUUAAAGUGUGCACUGUAGAAGAUAAGACUACUUUCAGCACCGAGCGCAGCUCAACAGUCACAAUUCUACAACAAACCCAUCUGAGUUAAUGUGGUAUUAAUGUAGGAUAACUUGCUUAAACAUUCAUUUAUUAGUGUUUGGCUAUGCUUUACUUGAAAUAAUUCAAUAAAUGAACGACAGCAGAGGGUUUUGUAACCGGUCACUGGGGAGUGUUACUACAGGAACUCAGUUAACUGUCACUGGGCACACACCUAAUUGGAUAAUAAUAUCUGGUUUGAAACAGUGCCUGAGGAUAUUGACAAUGAAGAUCAGUCACACAGAUUUCCACAUGAUGUUUGAUGUGAUGGAGUAUACAGACAUUUAAGGAAUCUGCUAAAAAUAAUUGGUGUAAAAGACCACACAAACAGAUCAUUGACUGCAACAAUGUGACAUUUGUGAAAACUGUACAUGAUUUGACCUCACAGUCCUGCAUUCAUUCCAGCAGUCUCCACUGCAACUGACCCUCACUGUGAAAGUAAGAACCUUUAAAACUGUGUUGCGAUUACUUCUAUCUCCAAAUGUCUACUCAUUGACAUUUAGGGGUCUGGUGGUACUUCUGACUGACUGAAUCCAGGUGAAAUAGCGUAGUUAAGAGUAUGUAUGAGAAAGCAGAGAUAGUUGUGGGGUGCCGUCUUAAGCUUGGCGCUCUUAAACAGCUACAGCUGUUACAGAUCAGAAUUGUCUCAUGAGAUUUUUAAUUCCUUUUUUUUCCAUUGUUGUCAUUUAUCAUAUAUUUCUCAUAUUUUUUGUUUUAUACUGUAAAUGUUUUAUAUUAUGGUACUACUGCUUUCAAGAGAAUCUACUUUUGAGAACCCAUUUGCACAGAACUUCCAAAUUUCCAAUCUGCGCAUUCUUACUGGAUUGCCAAUCUGCAGCUACGUUGCCGAUCUACUUUUUUUAUUUUAGCAGUUUUUUUUUUUUUUGUUUUUAUUUCCACCUGUUGUAUUUUCCUCAUUUGUAAAGACAUACUAUGUGGCACAACUCUUUAUUUUGCACUGAAUGAGUCAGAAGCAUUCAUCUCCUUUGCUCCACAAAGAGCGGACACGUUGAAAAAAGUGAAAACUACAUCAAACCUCAGACGACGGAACUGACCAGAAUGCGAUCAAAGCUGUGUAGUCUUAAGGUUGACCACUGUGGUGUGGACGAAACCGCUGUGGAUUUGAUCACGUCAGAGUAUAAAUACAUUUAUGAGAAAUAUUCCACUUGAUACUUUUUUUUUUACAUUUUACUGUAAGCUUCUCUUUAUUUUUUGUUGUUGCAAAGAAAAUAGUAUUUACUUGUGGCUUCUUAAAAACAUAUAUAAAUAUAUAUAUAAAAAAAUAUAAAGCAGGAAUGUAUAUGAAAUGUCAGAUUUUACUUGUAUUUUGCAAAGAGAUAGCAAUGAUAUUAUAGAGGGCUAUUUGUAGGAAAGAAAAAUAUGCAUCAUAGUGGCUUUAUAGCACCACCUUAGAGAAUUUCCUAUAUUUUUGGAUAUAUGUUAGGGCUUUAUAUGAACGACAGGACUUUUUUCAGUGUUUAUAUGCAAAAGCAUUUUAUAUUAUGUGUCCUGUGAAUUGUCAAUAGUCUGCAACGCUGAGGGUAAUGGAUAAAAUUCCCACAGCUUGUGUUUCCAUGGCUAUUAUGCUAUCUAGAGAAUACCUUGUAGUGUUGCUUUGUAUCAUUAAGGCCAUGAUUUUUAUGUUGUUGUAAAUAGAAGGAAAAAAAAGAAUUUGAAAAGGCAAUAAAAAUUUUAUUGAGUACAAAAACAACCAACACCUGUUUUGGCCCUAAAUUAUUUCGCCGUUCAAUGCGGACUUCUCAAAUUCCCUUCUGCCCACGGUCUUAACAAGAAGACAUAGUAAUCCAUCUCCAUCAUAACUAUCGGCUUGCUGCUUGAACCUCUAAAGAGCUCUCGUGCUUGAAGGGGAAUACCACCGAUUUUUCAUAAUUAAUUUGUUAAGCUGAGAGCAGUCAUUCAGAGAGGUUUGGUGUGAAGUUUUCUAGAGAAACUUGUUUUUUGUGACAGGAACCAGACACUUUUAAAAGUUCCCAGAAGAUUAUUACAUGCAUUGUUUUUCGAAAGAUUUAAGUUUAAAUAUGUUAAUGGUGAAGGGUUAUAUGCAGAGUGUUAAAGGCAAAAUAGCACCAAAACAUUUUAUUUAUUUAUUUUUCUGAUUUACAAAUAUUUUACCAUUAACCUUACAUGUAAAAGCUCAGAGGACACAUGUAGGUUCACUGGUCAUUUUAGUUGGUAAAUAGUUUUUACAUGGCUAUAAAAAGUCAGGGUAGAGUAAGUUUCAUGUCAAAUCAGACUGAAUGAAUUUAUUUAUAGCUCAACAAUUUAGUUAUGCAGAAAAUUAGGUGGAAUUCUCCUUCAAAAGCAGUCAGGUAAAAAACCUGUGCUGGCUGCUCUCCAAUCUGUCCUUUCAUUUCAUUAGAAACUCUGUCCAUUUACUUGACUGCUACUAACCAAUAGACAUGUUUACUGCCGUUGUGUUCUGUUUUCAUUUGUCAGAUGUUUGUCUCUUUUCAUUUCUUCCUUUGUUAACAAGCGACCUACUUGAACAGGCAUGCUGUCAGUAAAAUCAUGCUUUGAUUUUACUGCACUGUUUAGAGCCAAACGUUCUUUGAGCGCUUCCCAAACUCAGUUGGAUUUGUUCAAAAUUAUAAGCGCUUGAAUGUGGAGCCUAAUUGUGAUCAGUUUAUCAUAUUGUCAUCCUGCCGUCACUAGCUGAAACUAAUCUCCUCUCUAUCUUUUUCUUUUCCUCCCUCUUUUGUUUCCUUUCUUUCCCCCCCUUCCUUUCUGUUUCUCUAACCCACCCAGCCACCACCGGCAACUAACCCCUGACCUUCUGACCUCUCAACUUCACCCAAUGAUGACCUGCCCAUUACCUGCCUGCAGAUCACUUCUCUGCUCUAAACAAAAACAAAAAAGAACCAAUGUAAAAGAAAAUGAGUAAAAGAAAGACAGAAUAUUAAACAGCCUUCACUGGUCAAUGGCAGUGAAGAAGCAGCUUCCCUGCACCUGACGUAUGGACACCCGCCAAUGGCUGGAAGAAGCCCUCCGGUUCAAACUGGUCUGUUUGAAGUGGACCGCCCUGCCACUGUAGACCUGCACUCAGUCUUUUGUAAAGCAAUAAGCAAUAAUGAUUAGCCUACCCUUCUCCACCAACUCCACCAAACGGAGGCUACAAACAUCCUUACACACCACACAUGACUGUAGACCCCCAUGGCAACAGCCUUCAGUCAAGGGAAAAGGAUUCACGGCACUCAUUACCCAUCGGUUGGUAACUAUCUGAAUGUAUUGUGUGCUGGUGUGGCAUUAGUGCAUGCACCGUUCUCUCCCAGUACAUUAGCUCCCUCUUCUACUCUCAGAUUUCACAUGUGCAUCAAAAGGGAACAUUAUCGUAAAUGCAUACGAACACAGAAAGAAGAAAAAUGAAGCAUCCCCCCCUUCAAAACAACCGAACACUUUUCAGUGGACGAGUUUCUCUGAGGAUGUAUAAGCCAUGCUUGCCUAUCUGCUGUACAAAUGUAUGAAAUUUGUAGAUAGAAAAAUGUUUAAAGAGGAAAAAAAAAACAACACAGAGUCAAAGAACACAUGUACAGAAAAGAACACUUUUAUUAUCCUCCAGUGCAGGGGAAGAAGAGAACAUAUAUAUUUUUACAAAUGAGACUUUUAUACUCGCAAGUAUUGUAAAGUGAACAAAAGACAAAAAUAAAAAACAAAAUCAUACCGAACCCUUUAUGAAGUGAAAACAAUCCAGUUUUCUGUAAUUGGAUGUAGAAACGGAUGACCAAAACAACCCUUCAGUCCUAUUGAUGAAGGGUUGAAAUGGAAACAUAACGAAGUGCCUUAUUGUGGUUCUCAUGGUUUCUUCGAUCUGAAUGUGUCAUAUUAGUGGUGAAUGAACAGACCAGAGUUCAGUGCAUGCAGCUUUCUCCAAGCAAGGAACGAAAUUGUGGAAUGUGCCAUGAAUGAUGUCAUUCUGUCAUCAAUCUCCUUACGUAAUCUACAGCAACUACUGUGAAUUAUGUGGUAAUUUCUAUUAAACUAAUGGGGGCCCAUACUGCCCUUUAGAGAUUAAGGCCCAAAUUAAGUUUUUUGUUUUAACUGUAUCACAGUUUUAACAAUAAAUAUUCUUAAAUGCUGGAGUUAAUGUAUAUUCUAAUUCACCCUUUAACCCUGAAUGUUGGCGUGCAGACUGCUGGUCACCAUAGCAAAGACAAAAGUCUGGCUUAACUAUUAGCUAACGAGACAAAAAAGAGAAAGAUUUAAGAUGAAAAAUGAUCAUUUGGAGAUUAAUGGGCUUAUUUGCUUUUAUAAUCACUCCAGCUGGUUUUCUGAUAUGUUUAAUCUGCAACAAGAAGAGUCAGCUUCUCAUUUACCAGCUUCUUGCUCAAAUGUACCCAUUCCACUUUAAAUAGUGCAGCAGUUCUGGUGCCACAGGCACCAUUUAAGGUGGAGCAGGGAAAUUCAACCAAGAAGUUGGUGGAAGAGAAGCUGACUUUAGCCUCAUAAAACGUCAAACACUGAGGGAAAUUUUACAAGAAACUGUUCUACUCAGCUACAGCUGAGCUAAAGCUUAAAGCAGAGAAAAGUUAGCAUACGUUUUAAUUUACACUAUAUUUUUAGUUUAUACUAGUACUACUGAGACAUAUUUACAGCCAAGGUGGUAAAAUGGACAUAAAAUGUUGUGGCUCCCAAGGUGGUUUGAUUUUUAUUGAAAGGGCAAAUUGGCUCUUCUUAACAUUUGGAUUGCGACUCCUGAGUAACAGACCUAUUAGCAUGUUUUACCUUGACUGUUUUCAGUAGUGCACUCACUUUUACCAGAUUACUGAUUCAUCUGCCGCUGGAUAUUUCAAGAACUUAACCCUUAGGUUUUUAUCCAAGACAUAAUAAUGAAUUACAUCCUAUUGCAAUACUUGCAUAGUUUAAAUACAUUCAUGAGUUUAAUGAAUAAAAAGAAAUGAAAAAUUAUAGACAUGGAUUUUUUUUACUUCCCAGAAAUCAUUAGGCCUGCUCUGAAGGCCUAGAAGGCCCUGAGGGUUCCCUUCUGGUAUGUAUAUGUUAAACAUGAAGACAUUCAGGUCUAGGUUGAACAAUAAGUCUGAAAUAGGAAUAGCAUUGUGCCUAAAACCUGAGACUUCUUCACCGAGGCUUUAAUACUGUGGUCAAUAUUCCCCACUUUACAGUUGCUGAAAGAAUAAUCCAUAACCUUUGGUGCAAUAUAGGUCAAUAUUCAGUGUGGCUCAUUUUCAGCCUAAUAGACAGGUAGUGUCAGACAGGUAAAGCAUGAGAUAUGGUUAUAAUGUGAACUGCAGCAAAGACGCGCCACCGUUACCAUCAGAUUUGUGUUCUUUAGUGGAAGCUGCAUGUACUGCCCAUGCUGGACUGCACCAUACUACUGUGUUGCGUGUCCCCCUGACCCCCAGAUCUUUCUUUACUAUGCAACAGAAUGGCCUCUGACGUCUUGUGGGGAGUCUCUGUGUCAACAUGUCUUCCUGUCCCGUCCUCACUUCACCACCACUUUCGGUUCAGAUUCUGCUGUGCCAUGACAGUAUUAUUGUAACUAUGAAGGUAUUAUAACUGAGGUCCAAUGUGUUUUUUGGAAUAAAAUGAAAAAUAGCCUGUUAUGUCAAAACCACAUUUGUUUUUAAUAGUUAAGAUUGUGAGAAAGGGUCAAAUUUCUACAGUACAGGUUAGAUCUAUAUAUGGGCAAGCCGUACCAUCAAUAUCGCAUGAUAUUUUACCCUCAAUAGCAAUUAAAGUAUAAAUCUGGUUUGGUUUGCUUUUCAAAAUGAGUUUUCCAGGAUUAUUCAGUUUAUCGAUGUGAAUGUUCUUUACCAUCUGAGUGAAAAUGUGUGUUGCAGACUUGCAGACAGAAGUCUCUGUGUUAGCUCCAUGCUACGUGUGCGCCCCUGCCCAAGUAUUGCCUAUGAGAAAAUACGUAUGUCUGUAUCAACAGCCAUUGUUACAAGUUUAUACCGUAUUUUUCUAUCUUAUUUUAUAUGUAUGUAAUAAACUACAUUAAAUGCCUUGUCUCCAUA